AUGAAGCGCAUGUUUACUGGCCUACAACGGCGUGUCACAAACUCUCCAUUGAGUGCACAGGAGAGUCCUUCUCCCACUCCUUCCGGAAAUGAUUCUCCCGAAUCGGUUAUUGCUCGUGAAAUCAAAGCUUUUUGCGAAUCUGGAGGACCAACUAGCGGCUCAAAUGACUACCUUCAUCUCCCCGCCAUCGUCGAAGCCGCCGAAUCCAGCGCCGUUGCAGCCAAGGAAGCCGUCGCGCGAAUACGCAAAUACCUCUCGAAUCCGAGCAAAGCUCAAGGCAGCAUACAAUACAACUCCAUCAUGCUGAUUCGUAUAUUGUCCGAAAACCCCGGUCAUACGUUUACGCGCAACUUUGACGCCAAGUUUGUCGGUACAGUCAAGGAACUUCUCAGGGAAGGUCGAGAUAUGUCUUCUCAACAGAUGCUGCGCGAGAUGUUGGAUAUGUUUGAGUCUCAGAAAGCGUGGGAUGAGGAUCUGGCGGGAUUAAUUGCAAUGUGGAAGAAGGAGAAGGAAAAGAUGGGGAAAUAUACACGAUCGCCACCACCACCCGGUCAAGCACCACCAUUCCAACAACCUCAACAACCGGGAUUCCCACAUGCCACAUCUUCCCGUCACGAACGCCAAUUACCGCCUCCAGAGGAACUAGCUUCACGCAUAUCCGAAGCCAAAACAUCUGCAAACCUCCUAAUUCAACUAGCGCAAAGCACACCUGCAGCAGAAGUACAAUCGCAUGACUUGAUGCGCGAAUUCUGUCAACGCUGUCAGGCCGCCUCCAGAUCAAUUCAGGCCUAUAUGGCAGUUGAGAAUCCUCCUCCAGACGAGAACACGAUGCUCACAUUGAUUGAGACGAAUGAACAGCUUUCUGUGGCGUUGUCAAAGUAUCAACGCACGGUUCUGAAUGCGAGAAAGGCAUUAGGGACUUCGACGCCGGCUACAUCACCAGGCGCGAAUGAGGAUAGCCGUAACGUCGUCCACAGUCCUCCUCCUGGUCCUCCUCCUGGUGCCAAUGGACAGACCAAUGGAAAUCACAACGCCGAAUCCGGAAUUCUCAUUCCCGACCUGAGAAGCCAAAGUUCGUCUCCUGCGAAUGCAAAUGAGAGCCGAUCACCGGCCGCUCUUACAUCUCUAAACGAGCCGUUCUCACUAGCUAGAUUCGACACCCCAAUUGGAGUUACAGCUGACGCACCGGCGACGACGACAACAAGGACAGCCUCUGCUUCACCUCCAUUAUCUACUCAACCUGCCUCCAAACGCUAUGAAUACAAUGCCGAUGAAUUCGCCGUCGAGAAUCCCUUCGCAGAUAACGCUGCAGAAGGCGAUCAUGACUUGGACCAUGACCGCCAUCAUAAGCCUCCGCGAAGGGCCUUUUGA